CAUGCCACAAGACGCCGGCCCGAGGGUGUGCACAGAGUGCUGUCCCACCGGCCGGGAGUUAGGAGAGGGCCGUGCAGGAGUUGGACCGGCGAGAGGAGCACGCGGCUGAGCUAAGGGUGAGGAAACCGGACCCAGCCUUGCCAAGCCCGGGCACCGCAGGGCGGCACCUGCUUUCCAUGGCCACCACCCUGCUGCCCGCUCUGCUGCUCCUGACGCUGCUGAAGAUGACCACCAUAAGUGAAUCACUUUCUGAGCAGAGUCCACGACUUACUGAUCCCGAGUCCUGCAGCCCCAAAGAGUACAAAUCUGCCGGCCAUUGCUGUGAGCUCUGUCCUGCGGGUGAAUAUGUGGGCAAGCCCUGUGUGACCCCCCACACCCCAGGAACCUGUGUGAAGUGUGGCCAAGGGACAUUCACAAACUCUGCCAAUGGCCUGGACUCUUGCUGCUUGUGCACCACCUGCCGUGAUGAUCAGGAAAUGGUGACAAACUGUUCUUCAACCCAGAACCGGGUGUGCCAGUGCCAAACAGGCCGUUUCUACCAGGAUCUACAGGACUUUGAACACUGCACCCCAUGUAGCAAGUGUCCCAAGGGGAAGCUCGUCCUCAGGAAGUGUAACGCAACAGCUGACACGGUGUGCAGUUUAGCUGCUCCAAAUAGAAGAAACUGGCUGUGGAUCCUAAGUGUUGUACUUACCCAGCUUUUAUGGUCUUCCUCUCUUUCCUAAUAAAAGGAAAUGACAAUGAGGAAGAGAAUGCAGUGAGUGUGGGCCUGCGCCAUGGGCCGUGGCUGUCAGCAGGGCUCAGGGUAGGCCCAGUCGUGUCUCCCAUCCAGGGUUAGGCUGGCCUGUGACUCUUGAGUGAAGUCAGGGGUAGACGUACAGCUCCAGGAAGCUGCCUAUCUAUUGGGUGGGACUCCUUACUCAGGCCAACGAAUUAACUUAAACACAGGCGAAGCUUGGCACCCCCGCCUGCAUUUUGUGCAUGUCUUUGCUCUAAGCCAUGCUCUUUGCAAUCAGCUUGGGUUCCAGGAAAGACAGAUGAUAACAUCUUCUUGACAAGGGACUGGAGCCACCCCAACAGUAGUCCCUGCUGAGGAUGGGCCACCCUCCAGACAACUCCAGAACCCCUCCCAGAACAAGGCCUGGGGUAAUGGUCAGCCAGAACACACCUGUGACUGGGACGGUUUAACUAUGCUUACCUUUGUCCCCUGCCCCCGUUCUUCUGUCUACUUACACCUAUAGCUCAUGUCUGUAGCCCGAAGAUGGCUGAGACAGGCUUACUCUGCCUCUUCCCAUGGCGUGACCUAAC